GUCAUCUAUGAAAUGUCACUUAGAUACAUGUCAAAAAAUCAAAAUAAAUAAUUUUUCAUAUUAUUGUUGCUUAAUGCUUUAAAUAAAAUAUUUUUGAGAAAUUCAAAUCAUAAAUCAAAAUGUCUAAACGAAAUUUAGUAUUUCAUCCAAUUAUAAGCUCUAUUCAAAGGAUAGCUUUAUAUGAAACCAAAACUAGAUUUUAUCUAAUUGGAUCAAAUAAUACACAAACAAGAUUCCGUGUACUAAAAAUAGACAGAACAGAUUCAAAGGAACUAAUUUUAGUUGAUGAUAAAGUUGAGUACAAUAAACAGGAAAUACACCAACUGUUGAACAUGAUUGGAUUUGGUAAUAGGAGUGGCCGGUCACCUGGGUUAAAUAAGCUUGUAUCAGCCUUCGGCAUUGUGGGGUUCAUAAGAUUCCUGGAAGGCUAUUAUAUAAUAUUAGUAACAAAAAGACGUAAGAUAGCUGUGAUUGGCUCACAUUCCAUUUAUAAAAUAGAAGACACUGCAAUGAUAUACAUUCCUAAUGAAAGCAACAAGCCACUGCAUCCAGACGAACAGCGAUAUGUUAAAAUGUUCCUAGCAAUAGAUCUCUCAACAAACUUUUAUUACAGCUAUAGUUAUGAUAUAACACAUACAUUACAAAUGAAUAUGGCUCCUCCGAGAAAAUUGGCACCAGCUUUAUUUCCCAAACCGGUCACUGCAGCUGUAUAUCAGUCAAACUUGAACUCUGAACAGGAAAAGUGCACAUGUAAUAAUGAACAAGAUGAUGAAGACAUCUUUGAAACAUGGAAAAAACAGUUACUUGAGAGACAACUCAAAACUGGGGUACAAAAUACAAAAUUAGAGUUUGGUGUGAGAACAGUACCACAGUGGAGGUUUGUUUGGAACAGCCACCUUUUAUCUGUUGUGCAUUCACAACUGCAUCCUGAUUGGAUUCUUUACAUUAUACAUGGGUUUAUUGAGCAAAGUAACCUAAAUAUAUUUGGUCGGCCUAUAUAUUUGACUCUUAUUGCUAGAAGAAGCAAUCGAUAUGCGGGCACAAGAUUCUUAAAGAGAGGUGCUAAUAUGCACGGCGAUGUCGCCAACGAAGUAGAAACUGAACAGAUAGUUCUUGACGCAAUGAUCUCCUCCUUUUCUGCUGGCAGGUUUAGUUCAUUUGUUCAAAUGAGAGGAUCGAUACCCAGCUUCUGGUCACAAGAUAUAUCUAAAAUGGUUCCUAAGCCGGCUAUAAUGAUUGACCGCAGUGAUCCAUAUGCCGAGAUACCGGCGAAACAUUUUAAUAACCUUAUGACGCGAUAUGGUUCCCCCAUUAUGAUACUAAAUCUUGUCAAAAAGAGAGAAAAGAGAAAACAUGAAUCUCUUUUAACAGAAGUCAUUAGUAAUGCCGUGAAAUACCUCAACCAGUUUUUGUCUCCAGAAAAUGCAAUACAAUAUUUCCAUCUGGAUAUGGCUAGAAUGAACAAAGGUGCUGAUGCUAAAGUGCUCGACAAACUAUCGGCUAUAGCCCGGACCGUGGUCCGCCGGACCGGUAUAUUCCUGAGCGACAAGGGCUACGGCGAGGAGAUGGGCGUGCCGGGACACCAGGCCGGUCGCCUGCAGACCGGACUCGUGCGCGUCAACUGCGUGGACUGCCUCGACAGGACCAACACCGCGCAGUUCGCUAUCGGCAAGUGCGUGCUGGCUCAUCAGUUGUAUGCAUUAGGCUUAAUCGAGGAACCUGUUAUCGAAUUCGAUUCGGACUGCGUCAGACUUUUGGAAGGACUGUACGAAGACCACGGUGACACUCUGGCGCUGCAGUACGGCGGCUCGCAACUUGUCCACAGAAUUAAAACAUAUCGUAAAACAGCGCCUUGGUCGUCCCACGGCAACGAUAUCAUGCAGACCUUGAGCCGUUACUACUCCAACACUUUCUCGGACGCGGAGAAGCAGAACACGAUGAACUUGUUCCUUGGCCUCUUCGUGCCGGACCCCAACCAACCAGCGAUAUGGGAGUACCCCACGGAUUACUAUCUACAUCACCCAGAGACCAUGGUUUACAUACCAAGCAACAGGUCGCUGACGCGCUGGUGGGACGAGGCGGCGGCGCGCAGCCUGCCCCGCGCGGCGCUGGAGAUGCGCAAGCUGUGCUGCGAGGUCAUCGGCCUGCAGGGCGACGCGCUGGAGAUGGUGGACCCCUACCAGGAGUACAACCGCCCCUUCGAGUACACCGUCUUCGCGGACUGUUUCGAGUUUAAGAUGUACCACACACUAAGGGAUCUCGCUCCGAAUUCAUAUGAGAAUUUAAGUCCUUUCGUAGUGCGCGGCCGGUCUGUAGGACAAGUGAAAGGACCCAGUUCGAAAAAUCCAGUAAUUAGCGGAAGAUCCAGCACUAUUUCCAACAAUUCUAGCGAUUCAAACAGUGACUCCACGUCAGAUGAUGACCUCACAAGCUCAACACCAAACUCCCGUCAGUCCAUAAUGUCUCCCAUAACAAUGGUGGCCAAGCUGCUGGAAGAAAACGAAGUGGAAGAAACGCCGCUCUUUCCAGCUAUUAAACGUUAUAAUUGCAUCAAAGUAGAAGAGCCUAGCAAGCGGGAUAUGUUGCUGUACAAACGCUAUGUGAACUUCGAGCGACGUUCCAAUCCACGGUACAAACCAGAUAUCCACAUUGUGAUGACCGUAAGCAGCGCCUUUACGAUUGACAGCUCCGUUGAUGUCAUCCCGCCCACCGUCACCAAAGCCUCCAAAGAAAUAUACCAGGAAUAUGUAGCACGAAGUAAUGGAAAAAUUGUCGUACCUCAAGAAUCCAUCGCGUUGUAUAAUAAAUAUGUAAAUUUUAGCUUAUAAUUAUCAUGUAAAAAAUACUAUUUUGUUAAAUGCAAAGAUUUA